ACAGUUGUAGUUGUACAUUGUACAAUAGUACGGAUCGAUCGUACGUACACGAUUGUGCAAGAUACCGCUGCGCACACACGUACACGAAGUCUUCGAAGUUUUCUGUGAACAUUUUUCUCGGAUAUUAGCUAGUUGGGGAUUCUUCAACAAAAACGGAUCCAUGGAUCAUUACUGACAUUUUCACCCGUUCUUCCUCAUAAGCAAUCAUGUGGUACCUGGUGAACUUCAAAUAUGCCGACGAAUUCGUCACAUUUUGGCUCACCGAAUUCUUCCACAACUGGCCGCACGUUUCAUACCUGGGCUUCGAAAAGAUCAGCUCCACUUUCGAACCCUGGGAACUCAAAUAUGUCCAGACCCUUAUUUUCUGGGCAGCUAUUCCAGUCUUAUGGCUGCUAGCCAGCCUGUUGGUCCUUGUCAUCUAUGGAACGUGUCAGUGCUGUAAGAACAAGAAACGACGAGCCCACCCGGUGCCAAACCGAGAACAGAAGACGAAAUGCUUGAAGUGCGGUGUAAUUUUUAUGGUGUUGCUUUGCGCGGCAUUUGUGGGUGCUGGUUUAUAUGCCAACGAGACCACGGCAACCGGUGUGCAGCACCUGGUCCAGUCCGCGGAGGAUGUCAACAGCACAAUAAAAACAGCUGAAGGAGAGAUCUCCAAAAUACAAACAGGCAUCACAGUUGAUCUCGCAGGCGAGGUCAAGGAGCUGGAAGAUAUCUUUCGCUUACCCAGCAGCAACGCCUCGCGGCAGCGCAUGCUGCAGGAGACGACGCAGGUCCUGAAAAGCAUGCUUGCGAAGGCCGGGGGAAACGUCAGCCAUAUCAGCGAAGAGUACAGCAACGGUCUGGAUCUCAGCGGGGCCAUAACGGACGUGCAGUAUUACGAAACGUUCAGGUGAGAUUGUGUAGCACGCCACUCAAUGAAAGGUCUUGUUGCACCCUUCCACAUUUGAGGUUGUGAUGCUUAUAGUUCUGAAGAUGUUAUGAAUUUUUCACUUUUCAGCAAUGUCC